AUGGCUAAGUUGCUUGAUGCAGAAGGCCAGGAAGCCGUUGUCGGCAAGAGCCAGGGCUUCUGGUUGGACAGUGACGAUUUUGUGUCCACUGCGGACCUGGAUCCCGAGCACUUUGGAAAGGUUGGUUUUCCAAGGGAUUGGCCUGGUGUCUAUGGCUCCAGCAAGGCAUUAAAGCAAUUAGUUGGCAAAAAGGGAAAGUGUGCGGGCAAGAAAGUUGGGGUGGUUCCAGGCCCUGAUGCUUCGCAGCUGUCUAUGGUCAAGGGUCUGCAAUUCUACCCGCUGCAAAGCUUCUCAAAUGCUGAACGUGCUGCCAAGGCUGCUGGCAUGGAUGUCGUGCGCGGCUGGGCAGUGUACGAGCACUUAGACAAAGGUGUCAGUGAGGCAUUCGUAGCGGAGCGAUUUUGGUGGAACUCUUUGCCUGAUGGCACUUGGAUAGACUUCACUCCGAGGCCAGACACUCUGCCGGAGAUGUUGCUGGCCGAAGCUGUAGACGGUGCUCCGAAGGCCAUGGACGCUUUGAGCAGCCGGCAGCAGUCGAUAAUGCUCAGCCUGCUUGCGCAGCGUUUUCCAGGCCGAGCUGUGCCAGCUUCCGAGAAAUCCGAGCCCAAGGAGACCAAGCCCGCAGCAUCAGCAACUUCGUCGACAACAACUUCCUCGACAAAGGUGACGACAAAGAUUCAGCAGUCCACCAAGGCCUCUCCAAAGCCAACAGGGCCAGCACCUGCAUCUCUGCGGGAGCUCGCGAGGCGAAUCCAGUCUGGGGAUGUUGAGGCCGUUCGCCAGAUGGAGGAGAAGCUGCGUGGUGACGACGAGCUCUGCGUGCAGAUUGCCAGUGAAGGGCUGGCCACGCCAUUGUCAAAGAUGUUGGGGGACAGCAAGAGUCAGGAAGCAGCGCUCAAGCUGAUGCUGAUGCUGACAGAUGCCGGAGUCACACAGCCUGGCUCAGACAUCGGUACAGAGAUGAUUGCUGGUGGUGCUGUUCCGAGCCUUCGGGAACUGCUAUCCAGUUCAAACGAAGCCUUCCAGGAGAUGUCUGCAGCUGUCCUUGGCAAUCUUUGUCAUGAAAGUCCUGAGAAUCAGGACAAGCUUGCAGAGGCUGGCAUUUUCGGGAAGCUCGUAGAGCUCCUGUCCAGCGGUGCAACUGCUGCUCAAGAAGCGGCUUACGCUAUUUGGAACUUGACUGUUGGCCACGAAAAGAACAGUGAUGCGAUUGCACGCUUGGGGGCAGUGCCCAAGCUGGCUGACCUCCUGAAGAACACAUCUGAUAUUGCACAAGAAAAUGCUGCAGGUGCUCUGAUGCAUAUUACGAUGUCCGCAGAGGCUCGGGCUGCGAUCAGCAAGUGCAAUGCCAUCCCCAAGCUCUGCGAGCUUCUGCAGCCGAGCUAUGAACCGGAGGUGAGCACCCAAGCAGCUGGAGCCUUGUUGAAUCUGGCAAGCGAUUGCUCAGACUACGCAAAGGAGAUCGUGGCCAACAAUGCCAUUGGACCUUUGAUCAACCUUGUCAAGGACGGUCCCGACUUGGCACGGGAGUAUGCUGCCGGCGCAUUGAUGAACCUCAUGCGUGGGGAAAUGGAAGUUGCAAGUGAUGCAGCGAAACUCAGCGCCAUCCCCGCGCUGGCCAGCUUGCUAUCCCGAUCUUCUGGCCAUUCAGAGGCGCUCGGUGCGUUGGCAAAUUUGGCCAGUGGAAGUGCAGAUCGACAAAUCCAAAUCUACAAGGCACAGGUGACACGAAAAACCGUCUCGCUUCUCGGCGACCCUGACAUUGAUGUGCGGCGUAGUGCCGCUGCCUUGCUCAUGAACCUGGCACCCCAUGGCAAGAUCAAGGAGCGAAUCGUGGAAGCUGGUGCGCUGAAGCCUUUGACGAAGUCUCUCAAGGACGAAGAUGAAAUUUUGAAGGAGCGCGCGGCGGGAGCGCUUGCCAACCUCUUCAACGAUCACAGUGCCAACGUACACACGGGCUUCCAGCAGGCUAGUGAGAUGAUUCCUUCCCUUGUGGCUCUGAUUCAAGAAGCGGGUCUAUCUGAAGAUGCUAAGCGUCAAGCUGCCCAUGCUCUGGCAAUGCUGGCUGCCGAGGAUGGUCCCUGCGAUGCCGUGUGGCAAGCAAAAGCUGGGCCUCCGCUGAUUGCUCUUCUCAAGGAGAUGAUUGGCGAAGCCGCUUUGGGCAUCAUGAACUUGUCCUGGAGAUGGCCGGAGGUGAAAGCUGAGUUGGCAAAAGGAGGAACCCUGGAGUACCUUAUGGAUAUGCUGAGGCUUGGAGAUCCUAUGGCCAAGGAGUACGCAGCAGGCGCUCUGAUGAACAUGACGGCAGGUUCACCGGACAGUGCUGAGAAGGUGACUCCAGCUGUCAAGGACCUUGCAGAACUGUUGAAAGCUGACGCUAUCCAAGCAGCGGAGUGGGCAGCUGGUGCUUUGGCAAACAUCGUCAGAUCGGGACCUUCUGCACAGGAAACUGCAGUUGCGCAGGGUGCCACAACUUCUUUAGCAAACCUGCUGCCAAGAGUCACCCCGAAUGGCAUGACGCUGGUUGUGCUGGCUCUGACCUCGCUAGCAGAGACGCAGGCAUCUGCAGUCACAAAGGCGCUAGGGCCAAAAGAAAAAGCCAAGCUACGUGACUUCAGGGACAGCAGCAAUCCGGACUUGCAAGACUACACGAAGGCACUGGUGGACAAACUCGGCCCCGGCUUCUCAAUCUGA